AUGGAUGACGUUCCCGCCUCGCUGCGCGCGGGUUCUCCUGCGACGGAAGGAUACAACCCGUUCUCGGACCGCAAUUCUAUUCACCGCGAGACACCUUCUCCCCACCUAGUCUCGCCAACUAGCGAGUACCCUCAGCGUCCUUCUUUGGUAUCGACGCGCCGCGAUUCUCGUCAGCGAUACUCCUAUGCCUCAUCCAUAUCCUCGCCCGACAAGGCUUCCUUCGCCGUGUCUGACGUGCCAUCACCGCCCGCAUUCCCGGCGUCCACCGCCUAUGAUUCCGCGCCAGCUUCUUUCACCCAGAGCAGCCCUGUGCCGUCACGUCAGCCCAGCUUGUUCAGUAAGCUUGGUUCGCUGAAGGCUUUCAGAGGAUCGCGGCGAUCGAGGUACGGCAGAUUGGAAGACGACGAUGAAGGUGGGAGCAUAGAUCUGGGCAAAGCCAGGCUAAUGGACGUUGAAGAGGAACGCGAUGACGAUGGCAUCGCUUUCGACAUCAGUGCGUUCGAAGGCCCGAUUCCGCUUCGAAAAGUAUCGGUGGGGGAAGUGUCUGGGAAGUCGGACCAAGAGAUGAGAGGCGCUUACACAGGUUUGGGCGGCGCGAGUCAGAAGCAAAAUAUCGACCGCAAGCCUACCAAGCUGGGGAGCGGCAUGCAUGGAGUUCUAGACGCUUCUGAGCCGGUCCGCCAAGCAACGAUUAAGAGAGGGAAGACAUCCGCAAAGGAACAACGCAAAGAAGCACAAAGGGCGGCGGAGAAGUUCGGCGAGAUCCUGGCCGUGGAAACACCUGCCGUUGACCUCAGCAGUUAUGACGGAGCCGACUACGAGCGUCGCAGCAUCAUCGAGAGAGUUGCCACUGCACCAAAGGGCCGGUCAGAGACGAGCUACUACUUCCCUCCGGAUCCCGACAUGCCUUCCUGGAGGCCAAUGUCGAUGCGCUGGUGGUGGAUCACAAUGCUCAUUGUUAUUGCAAUGGGUCUUGGAGUCGUGCAGGAACUACUCUGCCAAGUUUCAAUUCGAAAAGGGCAAACAGACGGACUUCUCAAAUUCCAUAGUCCGCAGGAGAUUUCACUGACAGCCUACUUUACCUGGAAAUACGCACCGACAAUCAUCCUCCUGUCCUACGGUAUCCUUUGGCAGAUCUCUGACUUUGAAGUCAAACGGCUUGAACCCUAUUAUCAGCUCUCUCGUCCUGGAGGCGCUAGUGCAUCCGCCAGCUUGAACAUGGACUACCUGACUUUCCUGUCUUACCUGAUUCCUUUGAGGGCAGCACGGCACCGACAAUGGGCGGUCUUGUUUUCGUCUCUGGCAACCCUCAUUUCCGGCAGCCUUGUUCCGGUCCUGCAGUCUGCAUCCGUGAAGAUGUAUCCGGAAAAGGACGACAGGAGCGAAGUCGACGAGAAAUUCAUCCGGAUCGUGCCCGUCUGGUCAAGGAUAAUGUCGGCGUCUUUGUUCGCUGUGGCGUUUUGCGGCAUGCUUCUUAUGUUCAAGCUCCAGAGAAAGAGUGGUCUGCUCAGUGACCCCAAGGGCAUCGCUGGCAUCGCGGCCAUGGCAACACAAAGCCAUAUUUUGCAAGACUUCCAGGGACUAGACAUCGUGCCAACGCACGUCAUCCACAAGCAACUUGCGCACCGCCGCUACCUUCUCCAUAAGAGUUCGCUCUGGCAAGGAGAAUACAUUCGCAACACGCGGACCGAAGAAGUGACGGAGAAGUUCGAAAACCCACAUCCGCUCAUGCUGACGCUCAAAGGUGGCAUCCCUUACAUCUGCGGCAUCAUUGUCGUCAUGGUCCUUCUGCCAGUCUUCUUGUUUCAGCCAGAGGCCAACAUCGUCACCGAGAAGAUUCCCUUUUUGCUCACCGCCAUCGGCACCAUCAUCAAGCUUCUCUGGGGCACUCUCGAAAUGGAUGUCCGCAUCGUCGAACCUUUCUAUAUCCUCUCACGCCGCAACGCGCCACCACGCACUCUCACUCUCGACUACACUGGCACCAUGCCUGGCUACCUCCCCGUCCAAGCCUUCUUCAAUCGCCACUACCUCGUCUCCGCCGUCGGUAUUGGCGCAGUCAUGACUGAGGUUUUGACCGUGUGCAUGUCGUCAUUUUCGGUCGAUGGCAAGAAGUUCAUCUCGGGCGAAGGGCACGACAAUAUCCCGCAUGAUGAGGACAACGACAGUCGCUACAACACAGAUGAAACGUUCAAGUCCUUCUGGGUGUCAUUUGCUUUGGCCCUCGGUAUCCUCGUUUACCUAUGCGUCGUUGCGAGCAUUGUGUAUGCGAAGCGGAGACAUUACUUUCUUCCCCGCCAGCCCGGUAGCAUUGCGUCUGUGCUUGCGUUUAUUCAUCAGAGCAACAUGCUGGUGAAGUUUGUGGAUACACAGAGGCUUGAUAGCAAGGCCAUGACGCGGUAUUUGGAGGAGAAGAAGGGAACGUAUGCGCUGGGGUGGUUCAGAGGCAGGGAUGGUGAGGAUCAUUGCGGCAUUGACGAAGAGCCAAUCGCAGCCGAGUAUAAACAUGGUGUGGAUUGGCGGAAGGGCAGGGUGACGGGCGUGUCGUCUUGGGAAGUUUAUUGA